CUACAUUUUGCACCAGCUAAUGUUGGUUAGCUGACCCGCUAGUUUGACAAAUCAUUUAUCAACAUGCUGCUGCUGUCAGAGGUCUCCCAACGACUGUCACUUCAUCACCUGACGGUCCAACGUUGAGGAACGUUCUGAUGUGAGCAUUUCUACUGGCGAAUUGUUCCUGAAGCUGUUCUUGAAAGGCAAAGGAUACAAAGUGCCAGGCCGUGUGGGUUGGCAGCCACACCACAACAUGUCCAAGAGCAAGAGCUCUGAGUCAGUCAAGGUGGUGGUCCGUUGUCGCCCCAUGAAUGAAAAGGAGCGGGCAGCCAAGUUUGAGAGAGUGGUCUCUGUUGAUGUCAAAUUAGGCCAAAUAAUUGUCAGGAACCCCAGGGAGACUUCAGCCAGUGAACUCCCCAAAGUCUUUACUUUUGAUUCAGUCUAUGACUCGAACUCUAAACAAAUAGAUCUGUAUGAUGAAACCUUCAGGCCCCUGGUGGAUUCUGUUCUUCUGGGGUUCAAUGGGACCAUUUUUGCCUAUGGACAGACAGGUACAGGGAAAACGUACACUAUGGAGGGGGUAAGAAAUGAUCCAGAGAGGAGAGGAGUGAUCCCCAACUCCUUUGAGCACAUCUUCACUCACAUUUCACGCUCCCAGAAUCAGCAGUACCUGGUGAGAGCAUCAUAUCUAGAAAUUUAUCAAGAAGAGAUCAGAGACUUGCUCUCCAAGGACCAAUCACAUCGUCUGGAGCUCAGGGAGAGGCCUGAUACGGGUGUGUAUGUUAAAGACCUUUCGUCAUUUGUCACCAAGAGUGUGCGGGAGAUUGAACAUGUCAUGAAUGUGGGCAACCAGAAUCGUUCUGUGGGUUCCACCAACAUGAAUGAGCACAGCUCCCGUUCUCAUGCCAUCUUUGUCAUUACAGUUGAGUGCAGUGAGUUGGGUGUGGAUGGAGAGAACCAUAUCAGAGUAGGAAAACUGAACCUGGUAGAUUUAGCCGGUAGCGAAAGGCAGACCAAGACUGGCGCUCAGGGGGAGAGACUUAAAGAAGCCACAAAGAUCAAUCUGUCACUUUCUGCUUUGGGGAAUGUCAUAUCAGCUCUGGUGGACGGCAGGAGCAGCCACAUCCCCUACCGAGAUUCAAAACUCACCCGUCUGCUGCAGGACUCUUUGGGGGGCAACGCUCGCACUGUCAUGGUUGCCAACAUUGGUCCGGCAUCCUACAAUGUGGAGGAGACCUUAACAACACUGCGCUAUUCCAACAGGGCUAAGAACAUCAAGAAUAAACCACGCAUCAACGAGGACCCCAAGGAUGCCCUGCUCAGGGAGUUUCAGGAGGAGAUUGCAAGGCUGAAGGAGCAGCUGCAAAAGCGCUCAGGAAAGAAGAAAAGGAGGAGGCAGAGGAGGAGGGCCGGGGAGGGGAGCGACAGUGAGGACCUGGAAGAAGGAGAGACGGAGGAUGAUGAUGAAGAUGGAGAGGACAAAGGGGAUUACUGGCGGGAGCAGCAGGAGAAGCUGGAGAGAGAGAGGAAGGCUAUCAUGGAGGAUCACAGUUUGGUGGCUGAGGAGAAAGUUCGGUUGCUUAAAGAGAAGGAGAGGAAAAUGGAAGACUUGAAGAGAGAGCGGGAGGCUGGAGAGAUGCUUUCAGCUAAAGUUAAGGCGAUGGAGAGUAAGCUCCUAGUAGGGGGGAAGAACAUUGUGGAUCACACCAAUGAACAACAGAGGAUGCUGGAACUGAAGAGGCAGGAAAUAGCUGAGCAGAAACGGAGAGAGCGAGAGAUGCAGCAACAGAUGGAGUGUCGGGAUGAGGAGACUCUGGAGCUGAAGGAGACCUACAGUUCUCUGCAGCAGGAGGUCGACAUCAAAACCAAGAAGCUGAAAAAGCUGUUCGCCAAGCUGCAGGCAGUAAAGGCAGAAAUCCACGACAUCCAGGAGGCACACAUCAACGAGCGCCAGGAGCUGGAACAGACCCAGAACGAGCUCACCAGGGAUCUCAAACUCAAGCAUCUGAUCAUUGAGAACUUCAUUCCCUCAGAGGAGAAGAACAAAAUAGUCAACAGGGCUUUCUUCGACGAGGAGGAUGAAUACUGGAAGAUGAGGCCUAUCACACGUAUAGAGGAUGACCAUCAGAUGAUGACCAGGCCUUUGUCUGCAGUUGGCUACAGGAGGCCUCUAAGUCAACACGCCCACAUGGCCAUGAUGAUUAAGCCUGACAUGAGAUACAAAGCUGAAAACAUCCUGAUGCUGGACAUGGACCUGCCGGCUCGGACCACUAAAGAGUAUCAGGAGCCAGUUAUUGCCCCAAAGGUGGCUGCAGCUCUGGAGGACGCUCUUAGGGAUGAGGAUGAGAUCCAGGUAGAUGCCUCUGGCUUUCACAGCAGCUUGGGACCAACCCCGCCAGCCAGUGCCAGCAGCAGCCUCAAGAAACCAAAGUCUGGUCGACCAAGAACAGGCAAGAAGUCGAGCACUCCGACCUCUCCAUUCAGCCCUUCCAGUUCAGGAUCCUCUCUUUACCCACAAUCCCGCGGCUUGGUGCCUAAGUGACAACUUCCACCAACCUUUACUGCGCACAUUUCCACUUUGGGACUCAACUUUGAGAGAAUGGGGUUUGUUUGUCCAGGUUGGCAGAAUCUUGGAUUCUGCAGACAACAGAGAAAACUUUAAGACUAAUGCUGCUUUGUAGGUUUUAACUUAACUGUAACCACACCACUAUUAACUGUUGUCAUGAGCUUUUCAUCAUCCCUGAGUGUGAGUUAGUACAACACCAGGACAGCAGCCAUGCAUGACAUGAAGCCUCACAUCACUCUACACUGCUGUUAUCGUUCUCCUGCAUUUGGCACAAUGCCAGUGAUGUCUUAUAUGUAUUCACAAUGUUCUUAAUGUACAGAAAAAAAUGAAGGUGGGCUUAGAACACCUAUUGAUGGACUGCAGUAUCCUCAAUGCACUUAAUAUUUACCCAGAUCUUUGUGAGUGCUCUGUCCUACUGUAAGUGUAAGUGACACGGUGGGGACUCUACAGGCUGUGUGUGUGUGUCUAAGUGUUGGUCAGUGUGUUUCUGAAUAUUGAAGGUAUCGAUUUAUGUCAUACUGCGCUGUUUUUCAUCCCGUGGUUGGGGUUCUGAUAAUGUUAGAGUGGAACUUAAAGUGUGUGUGUGUGUGUGUGUGUGUGUGUGUGUGUGUGUGUGUGUGUGUGUGUGUGUGUGUGUGUGUGUUGUUUUGUAUCUUAAAGGAAUGGUUCAACAUUGUGGGAAGUAUGCUUAUUGGCUUUCUUGACAAGAGUUGGAUGAGAAGAUAAUACCACUCUUGUGUCUGUACAGUAGAUAUGAAGCUAGGGGAGACUCUUGACUAACUGCUAUUAUAUGAGGCAAGUGUCACAUGACUGAUGGGAGUAGCAAUGCUACACCACAGCUAGCGAGUUUAUCUGCUGCCAUGUUUGUUGCCAGUUAUGUUAUCUAAUUGAUCACACUGCCUGUCGGUUUGAUGUUGAUUUAAGAAUAUUUAAAUUUCAGUAGAAAUUGAUUCUUGAAAAAGACAUUUGUUGCCUAUUUAAUACAUUGAGCUGUGUCCUCCUCAUUAUUUGACAUUUUUCCAGAUAGACAUUCUGAACAGAGCAGGUAGAAGACUUUUGCUGGACGAUAGACCCACACAUUAAGGACUUUGAGUGAAAAAUCUGUGAUAAUAGAACUGUGAUACAGAAAUUGGAAAGUAGGCCAAAUACAUAUUGAAAGAAUCCAUAAAUGUGUCUUUCAAAAUCUGAGUAACUGUAAGCUUUACUGUUGUUUUUCUCUUUGCACAUUUAUGUUAUGCUACGUCAUUGUUUACCUUCUACAGUACAAGUAGACAAGCUAGAAGGGCUACCUAAAAUUAAAAUAUAGAAAAAUACUGACACCCUCGGCUGUCUCCAUUGGUCAUGUGAUCCUCACCUUGCAGGUCGUAGAGGUUUAUCAAGAUUCUCCAAUGAAGCUAGAGGUGAUAAGCUUAUCCAAGUAGUUUCCACUGGUUACACGGCAAUGUCAUAGGGACAACAAGACUCCAGGAAGUCACUGCUCCCAGCCAAGAAAUGUCAUUUAUUAAUUGGUAGGCAGAUUUUUUUUUUU